AUGCACCGAUAUUUCCUCUCCGACUUAUCACCGCCGUCUCUGCCGCCGGAUCAACCAAUAUGGAUACGUUACAGUUUCGUCCCCGAUCACGCUGCUCAUUUUUUUUUAUUGGUUAUCGUACUUGUACUUGUUCUGAUUUUUAUCAGCACUGCAGUGGUUUGCUUAUGUCCUCGCAAUUCUAAUAUUCGAUACGUUGAAGAUAACGAACCAGAACACGUUCAUGGUGACAUUGAAAUCGGCGCUGCAGAACGGCGAGAAGGAACGUUGACAUUGAUUCAGUUGUUCAAGAAAGUUAUUUAUAGCAAGAAGAAGAAGGUGUCGACUGGUGAGGAAGACGAUGACGUGUGCCCUAUUUGCUUAGAGGAAUUGGAAGAUGAAGACGAGUGUGUGGUGCUUCCUUGCAGUCAUAUGUUUCAUGAACUGUGCCUGCAGCAUUGGCUAAACAAGAAUACUUUAUGCCCUAUCUGUCGAGCUGAUGCUUGGGAGAUUCGCCUUGAAAAUCAAGUUUAA